AUGGAAUUAGACAAAAUAUUGGUUAGAGAUAUUGGUAGACUAUAUGAAGAUUCAGACGAUUGCAAUGUUCAAAUUCAAGUUGGACAUGGGUCAAAUGUUCGUACUUUUAAGGCUCACUCUGUUAUCCUGAGAGCAAGGUCCUCAUAUUUUCGUGCUGCUCUGUCAUCUAAUUGGGCUAGAAAAGAUGGGGAUUAUAUGAUUCUUCAUCAACCAAAUAUAUCUCCAGUCGUUUUCGAAAUUAUUCUCAAAUAUAUUUAUACUGGUACGAUUGUUAUGGAUGAUAUGAAUAUUAGAGUGAAUUAUACAUGUCUUCUAGCGGCCGCUGAUGAAUUGGCCAUCAUAGAAUUAAUUGAUCAUAUUCAAGAUCAUAUAAUUAAGAAUGAUGCUGCAUUAUUAAGAAGGAAGCUUGUUGAAUUUCUUACAAUGACGGCAAAACAUGAAGCAUGUAAUAAACUUCAUAAAUAUUGUGAAGGAAUCAUUUGUGAUGAUCCUGUCAGAUUCUUCUCUUUGGAAGAAUUUGGUUUUUUGGAUAAAUCUAAUUUAAUCGAUAUAUUAAAAAAAGAAUUAUUCAAUAUCAAAGAAAUUGAAAUUUGGAAUAAUGUAGUUAAAUGGGGAAUGGCUCAACAUCAGAAAUUUCCAUCAAAUAUCUCAAAAUGGCAACCUUUAGAUUUUAUAAUGUUAAGAGACACAUUACAAGAUUGUAUUCCACAUAUCAGAUUUUUUAAUAUUUCAGGACCGGAUUAUUAUAAUAAAGUUCGACCUUUUAAAAAAAUCCUACCAAAGGAAUUAAGGGAGGAUUUAGAACAAUUUUAUAUUGCUCAUCAAAUUUCUUCAAGAUCAAUCGUUUUACCACCACGUGGAAAAGGGGGAAUCGAUACAACGAUAAUCACUCCAACUUACGCAGCAGUUCUUGCAGCAAUGCUUAUGCGACGAAAAGACUUUAUAUUUACUGAAGCUGUUGCCAGGGAUGCAUUUCCUAAUUUUGAUCUCAAAUCGUGGAUAUCGAAAAUGUUAUCCCAUGAACAAAAUAGGGCAAAUGCUUUAGAAGAAUUGAACAUGGCUUGGAAAUUCAUGUUUCCUAAUGAUAAUGUGGUUUAUGUAAGUUUAACCGCGCUUAACUUUUUUCCAGAGUUUGCCCGAAGUCAAGUUUUUGUGGCAAUGGAUGAUUAUAAGGAAUGCGUUGAUUUAGAUGAUGAGCCAAUGUAUAUGAGAAUAUUUCUUGCUUUUCAUAAUCAGAUCAUUGAAUAUGAAAAUGUAUCACGAAAGGUAUUAAAACGUAGGCAUAAGGAAAUUAUGUUUUUCCCUAUAUUACACAUUUCUCAUCCAAAUUACAAGGAUGAACAAGAUAGCAUAAUAAUAAGAAAAGGACAAGAAUUACUAGAAGUAAUCAAUAAAGGGAGACUAGUGUUGGAUGAAAAUUGCAAACGAGACAAAAUAAUUAAAAAAAUAAUUAUAGAAGAGAUUAUUGUAGGUAAUGUUGUUAAAAGAACAAUACACUUAUUUAAUAUUGAGUUCGCAAAUAAUGAAAUACCUUAUAUUGAUCUUGCUACGUGGGCCGUACAAAUGCAUUCUGAUGAUAAAACAAUUCGUGAUUUUGCACAUGAUAUUCUAGAUGAAGCCUUCGAUUUAAGAUUUUCGGAUUCAAUUGAAAAUUUUAAAGCGAUGUCCGGUUUGGAAGAUUAUGAAACGAUUGUACCAAAAUACGAAAGAAAUUUACCAUUGAAAACAUUUCGUAAAAUUAUUGACAGCUACCAUGCUAGAAGGUGA